UUUAUUUACUAAAUAAAAUAAAAUGACUUUCCACAAAACCUUAAUGUUUCCUCAUCAACGAAGUGCUAUUAUUAAGUGUCUAAAAUUAUGAAGAGUAGAAUUAAAAAUGUGCAUCUAAGUGAUUAAAAUGCAAGAGUGCAGUAAACCUGAGAAACCUAAAAUAAUCGGACCUAAACCGUCAAUUCCAUCAAAACCUAAAAUCGUACCACCUGUGAAUGUCCGGGGCCAAAGGGUUGUCAAGGGCAACGAGAAGUGUUUGGUGAGUGACUCAAGAAGAGCAUCGUUGUCGGAACACAACUCUAAAGAAAUCCCAAAAGAAGUGAGUCGAUCAUUGUCCCAAACCGAAAAAAAGGAAGUUUUUUCGACCCGAACUUCCGAAAGUCUGCAUCAUAAAAGUGCCAGCGUUGAAACGAACGUCAAGUAUGAUGAAUAUUCAUCCACUUACAUUAGUGAAAAAUGUGAUAAAUAUAGUACAAGCUACGAAACUUAUAAGAAAAUCGAAGAGGUGACCCAGAAAGCCCCCAACUCCCCCAGCACCGUCUGUUGCAGUAUCUUAUCCAACGUAACGACAGACUGUUGCGGGAUAAUAAACGUAAACAAAAAGGAACUCAACGGCAAAACCAUGACCAAAAUAGACUCCCUCGACUCCAACUCCUCCGAUUCUGGUGGUUUCAAAGACUUCAUCCAGCUAGACCUCGUGAAGAAGCCUCCCGAGACCGAGCCCCAAAUCCCCUCGCACCAACGCAAAGCCUCUCAGCCCGAGUUCCUCAAUGACAAGUCCAUAUCAGAGCCCAGACCUUUCGGCCACCAGCGGAAGACCUCACAGCCCGACUACCUCUCCCCCGAAGUGCGACAAUCCUUCGCUCAGAACAAGCAGACCUUCGUGGCCAACGCACAAGCCUUAGCGCAGUUUUUGCCGCAGACUGAACAGAAACUACUCCAACACAAAGCCUUCGACCGGGGCGACGACUCCUUUCGACAACAAAUCGCCAAAUUCGGUGCCGCGCAAAAGACUGACGAAAUAAAAACGAAACCGAAACCCCAAAUCAUAUCGCAAAGUCAAUUCCAGCAGUCGACGAGAAAGUUGGAGGAACUGCUUUCACAGAGGCUGGAGAAGGAUAAAGUCAUUAGGAAAGGUCAAAACUGCCUGCUUGACGGCGAGUGCAGUCAGGAUGUGGAACAGAAAAUGAUGGUGCAGAAGCAGAUGCAGCAGAAGUUGCAAGCCGAUUUGCAACAAACGGUUAAACAAAUCCAGGAGAUACAAAGCAUCGAAUUGAGGUUGCCACAAAACAGGAAAUGGAGUGAGAGUAACAGGAGCCAGCCUGCCAUCGGUCUGAAACACACACCAAAGUCAAGGCCUACAAUAUUUGGAACUGUCGCUUCCGACCUCACACCAAAAGACUGUUCGAAUAGAAGGAGCUUGCCACAAACUCCUCAAACUAAAAGUUUCUCGACUGUCUACAACAGCGAGGCAGUACAGGAAAAUGCCACAGAUACCGCCUUGCAGCCCGAUAAUGCCUUGGUCUACCGCGAUGGAAACUUGCUGUCUGGUUCCCUUGAAGCUUUAAUACAACACAUGGUUCCGACUGACACCUAUUACCCAGAUAGGGCAUACUUAUUUGCAUUUCUAUUGUCUUCACGCCUAUUCAUUAAGCCUCACGAUUUGCUUGCCAGAGUACGGAGUUUAUGUGAGACGCAACAGGGAUUGGGAAGUGCCAAUGGCGGCGGUUCUCAUCCCGGCCAGGCGAGAUUUGCCGAACAUUUAGUACAAUUGCUUGCAGAAUGGACCGAGACAUUCCCUUACGACUUUAGGGAUGAGAGGGUCAUGCAACAUGUCCGGACAAUAACACAACAGUGUUGCGCUAUAAAUCCAAGUAUUCGAGGAAUUGUUUCGUCCCUCCUACACAAUCUUCUUCAGAGAUUAACCGCGUUAGAACAGUACGAAAAAACUUUAGAUUUGUCGGCGCAACCGCAAGAUGAAAACUGUACAGAUAUUUCGGAAGUAUGUCCAGUGCCAGCUAUUCUUGCACAGCAACUCACUCAUGUCGAACUCGAAAGACUCUCAUUCAUAGGUCCGGAGGAGUUUGUGCAAGCAUUCGCGAAGGAAAAUCCACAUUUAGAAACUUCAUUCAAAGAUAUGAAAAAGACGCACAAUCUGGAACAGUACGUGCAAUGGUUUAAUAGACUGAGUUAUUUUGUAGCGACACAAGUUUGUAAAUACCAGAAGAAAAAACAAAGAGUACGAGUUGUGGAAUACUGGAUUGAGACAGGCCGCGAAUGCUUCAAUAUUGGCAAUUUCAACAGUCUGAUGGCCAUCAUUGCUGGCCUAAAUAUGUCACCGAUUUCAAGGCUGAAGAAAACUUGGAACAAAAUCCAUUCUGGUAAAUUUGCCAUACUUGAACACCAAAUGGACCCCAGUAGUAAUUUUAGUAGCUACAGAAGCACAUUAAAAGCCGCCAUGUGGCGCAGUCAUGGCGCUAAAGACCAGCGUCAAAGAAUCGUGAUUCCAUUCUUUAGCUUGUUGGUUAAAGAUCUUUAUUUUCUUAACCAAGGUUGUUCCAAUAAACUUCCAAAUGGUCAUAUAAAUUUUGAAAAGUUUUGGCAGUUGGCGAAACAGGUCACCGAAUUCAUGGCCUGGAAGCAGGUGACGUGUCCGUUCGAGAAGGACCCCAAAGUUAUUUCAGUUUUACAACAUGGACCAAUUUUAAAUGAGAAUGCACUAGCUCUUGCCAGUUUUGAAUGCGAACCUCCCGAGAACAACCAGGAGAAGGAAAGGUGCAAGACGCUAAAAGCAGACAGCACUGCGAUCUAACUGAAAGUUUUUAUUUAUGAUGUACAAAUAUUGUUUUAUUAAUUGUUUUGCAACUACUCUGUAUAUAAUUGAUGUCUUGAGUUUUAUUUUUGUUUUUGUACAGGAUAUAGAUUUCUUUUUUUUAAACGGAUAUACUUGAAUAAGUGAUUAUUUUCCUAAUAUAAAGUAUUUAAUGUGAUUUUUUAGCUUUUUAUCGAUUAAUUUUAGUUGGAAACAUGCACAAUUUUUAGAGUACCUACACGGAUUCCGGUAUUAAUAAAAUUACUGAUAUUAAUGAGUACCUAAUUGCCAUUUUUAUAUUAAGUACUUCUGCUUUAGCCUUUUAUUCUUUGAGCAAAGUUUUGAUGUAUUUUUCAUAAUAAACUCACGAAAACUAAAAAAAUAUUACACACACUUUAACAUUUUUGAAAAAUUUGUACCUAUUUAUAAUGUUUUAUACCUCAGUGUUUUUACAUAAUGUUUGUAAUGAUGUACUUAAUAUAUUUGACCAAUGUAUUAACAGUAUUUAAUCUAAAUUCUAAGUAUUUGUCUUGUCAGGAACUCUUGCACUAAAAUCACAUUUGUUGCAAAAUAUGCCAUGCAAUUUUUCAUUGUAAAUGUAAUGUGAUUAUUAUAAAUGGGUAAAUAUUUAUUAUAUGUAACAGAUGUGAUUACUUUAUUAAUUGCAAUGUAGAAUCUGAACUCGCUACAUAUGCUUUGCCUCUCGCUGCAAAUAGGAUAUUAUACAACUUAAAAAGACUUAAAUCUAUCAGUAUUCUAGUCACUAGGUAAGAAAAUGCAUCGCUAAUUAUUACACUAUAUGUUGUAUUGUAGUUAUUUAUAAAAUGUAUAAAUCAUUUGUAUCGUACGCAUUGUUUUAUGUAUAAACUAUGUAUUAAA